AUGUCAGCUCAGAAAACCAAGGCCAUUGCCUCCUGGCUAAAGCCCCUGAUACCAUUACUAAGCACACCGCCGGUCGAUUCAUGCCAGUGCAUCUCCCUUUUACAGCUCUCCGAUAUCAGGCUGAGAAGUGCCGCCCGCUGCAAACUUAGAGCUUCCCGAAUGAACGCUGCAUGCGACGGCAUCGUCUGUUCUCGCCUCCAGCGACACGUCAACAGAAUUGUUGGCGACCUUGCACAAGUCUACGAACAGAUUCGUAGUGGCCAAGCAGCUCUCAUUGACCACUGGAUUGCUGGCAUGGCGGAGGUGAUGCUUGCCUCGAUGUUGGCUAGCAACCGCCAAACAUCGCCACUUCCUCACAGAGUCGAUGCAAUUUCUACUUCAGAGCUGCCGACACCUUCCCCCCGCGGCUUCAUUACCAGUAACGCCAAGAACUUACCGCCUACUCAAUACCGACCCUCCCAGGGUCACGGACCACAAGCCGACGAGAAUAAUACGACGCCAUCACGACCAUUUCAUGACACGCAUCACGACACUUACGCCACGACACUAUCAAGCAAGAUCACUAACGACACUCAAGACGGCGCGUGAACGACGCUCACCAUGGUCCAUGAUUUUCAAAAUGCUCAAGACAACACCAAUGACGCUACGAUGCUAUCAGUAAAGACACUUCACGACACUCACCACUGACCUCAUCAAAAAUGGCCCCCGUCAUCGUCAGGAAAGCGAUGUUCCAGCGAGACGUGUUUCGACGCUUCAGAGAACGAGUUACCUCGUCGGGUGAACAGUUCGCUAAUCAAUUAAUCAUGCUUGAUACCUAUAUUACUUGUUUCCCUGACUUGCGCUGCCUGCUUGCGCAUUGUUGUAUUUAAUGAUGAUCGUUUGCGAUGACAAUUUUUUUGCCUGCU